AUGAAGGUGAUCAGAAAGAAGAUCGACGUUUCAGUCCUGGGCAUAGGACAAGGGGCCACCAAGGUCAAACACAUGGUUCAAGCAGCCAUUCGUUCGCGGAUUUCGGACUUCUCGCGAGACAUGAGGUUCUUGGUAUUACCCAAGUGCCACUUCUCAACAUCCAAGGAUCUGGAAACGUUGAUGGCGCGAUUCUGGUCCUGCGAGGAGGUGGAAUUUUCGGAUACCUGUUCGCUAGAGGAGAAGAAGUGUGAAGAAAUUUUCCAGCGUGGAGUUCAGAGAAAUACAGAGGGUCGUUACAUUGUUCCAUUACCUAAAAACGAGGACGUUCUUCCAAACCUGGGCGAGUCUAAGGAUAUCGCAUUCCGACGUCUUCUUGGCACGGAAAGAAGACUGGCGAGGGACGCUCACUUGCGGGAGCAAUACAUUGCCUUCAUGGACGACUACCUGAAAUUGGGACACAUGCGCAAGGUUGAGGAAGCUACAGAGGACAAGAUUAAAAGAUGUUUUCUACCGCAUCAUCCGGUGGUCAAGGAGGCCAGUACCACCACCAAGGUCAGGGUGGUCUUCGAUGCUUCUUGCGAAACGUCAUCUGGAGUGUCCUUAAAUGAUGUACUUCUGGUAGGGCCAGUUGUACAGGAGGAUUUGAGAUCAAUUAUUCUACGCAGCCGAACAAAGCAGGUGCUCCUCGUGUCGGACGUGGAGAAGAUGUUUCGGCAGAUCCUCGCUCGGCCAACGGAUCGACCACUCCAAUCUAUACUAUUCCGGUUUGCUCCGGAGGAGGAAGUUGCAGUGUACGAACUCAACACAGUUACAUACGGAACCAAACCCGCACCAUUUUUAGCCACCCGAACCCUCCAACAGUUGGCUGCUGACGAAGCCGAUCGUUUCCCGCUCGCGGCAAGAGCAAUUCGUGAAGAUGUUUAUAUGGACGACGUCAUCACCGGUACGGACGAGGUUGAACUAGCCGUCAGUACUAGGAAUCAACUGACUGAAAUGAUGCAGUGCGGUGGGUUUAAACUACGGAAGUGGGCUUGUAAUGUCCCAGAAGUUCUUGAUGGUGUACCCGAAGAAAACCUGGCAAUACGAGAUCCCAUAGGAAUUAUUCUGGAUCCUGAGAUUGUCAAAACUCUAGGACUAACGUGGAUACCCUAUACUGAUACUCUCCGUUUCCAGUUUGCUGUCCCACCGAUUGAACCAGGAGUUCCUUUAACGAAACGUCAAAUACUCUCACAGAUCGCAACAUUAUUCGAUCCACUUGGCUUGAUUGGGGCCACGACUUCAUCAGUUAAAAUUUUCAUGCAGCAACUCUGGAUUUCUGGUAAUCGGUUAGACUGGGAUCAGCCCGUACCUUCAAUGGUGGGUGAGAAUUGGAGAAAAUUCCACAAAGAACUCCCGUUUCUGAAUGAAAUUCGUAUCGAUCGGUGUGUUAUCUUACCCAGAGCAGUUUUGGUGGAACUACACUGUUUUUCGGAUGCUUCGUGCAAAGCGUAUGGCGGCUGCGUUUACUUACGAAGUCAAGACUCCAACGGAAAGAUUAUGGUACGACUCUUGUCGUCCCGAUCUAAAGUGGCUCCACUACGCUGCCAAUCUAUCCCACGGUUAGAGCUCUGUGGUGCCGUUCUGUUGUCGCAGCUAUACGGAAAAGUGAAGGAAUCUACUAAAUUGACAGUCCAAACCUUUUUCUGGACGGAUUCAACUUGCGUGUUGCGUUGGGUCGAAUCACCGCCAACAACGUGGACUACAUUUGUUGCCAAUAGAGUGGCGAAAAUUCAAACGCUCACGGAGGGUUGGAAUUGGCGACACGUUCCUGGUACGGACAACCCAGCAGAUCUGAUAUCACGUGGAAUGCUGCCCGAAGACAUCGUUCAUAACGCACUUUGGUGGGAAGGUCCCGGUUGGCUGAAGGAAGCACCCGAAUUAUGGCCUGGAGGCAUCGAGUCUGAUGAAGAAGCAGGAGAAGAAGAAAGACGCCGCACAGUAGUGGCAUGUACUGUAUCUCCCACGGCAGAAUUUAACGAGAUGUACAUCGGCAAGUUCGGGUCAUAUUCUGAUUUGAUACGACGCACAGCCUACUGGCUACGACUCGCUCUGCUCGCUCGCUCUGCUAAUGGAUUGCCAACUACUGUAGAGUUGCAGAAAGCUGAAAACGUAAUACUCCGGAGCGUACAGAAGGAAGUUUUUGCCGACGAAAUAAGGGCAUUAUCGCGAGAAGAGUUUGUGUCCACCAUUGAGAUGGUUUCAUCCGUUCAUCUGCAAGGAAGGACUCAUCAGACAUAUCUCGUUGCUGCCACCGAUAUUCAAAAACUCUUCAAUAUCCCUCCCGUCCCUAACCGGCCGUUCCUUACCGGCGUGCUUUAUCCUAGGCUAGCGCUUCAACAACCACCGAAACCGAGCCAGGAGGACCAACAAUGUGCGCUUCCUGUUCUGGGAAAAUCGGGCACAUGCGCACAUUUGUAUCACGAAAACGUGCUAACGCCGUCGUCGUCGUCCUCGUCGCCGGUCUUGUCUGCCGGGGUGCUGAUGGAAAAUCGAUACGGUAAACAGUGGCAAAAUAAGUGCUCCCUAAUAAAGUAG